AUGGAGUCAAAAGAAGAUGUCAAAGUUAUUGAAGAAACCACCACAACAACAACUACAAUUGAAACUAAACCAGAGACAGCAGAAACUAAUACUGCUACUACUGUAGAACCAACACCAACAACUACUACAACUACAACUACUACUACUACAACCACUACAACAGAAGCACAACCAACAACACCAACAUCAACAACAGGAAAUGUUAAAAAAGGACCAAUUAAAACAAUUCCAAUGCCUAGUACAGUUAUGGAAGCUUUAGAAUAUACAUCUAAUAAACAUCCAAAUUUAAUGGCAAUGAGAGUUAAACGUGAUAACGUUUGGAAGGGUUGGACAUGGCAACAAUAUAGAAAUGAAGUAUUGAUGGCAGGUAAAUCAAUUCUUUCAUUAGGUGUUCAUUCAAGAAGUGGUGUUAAUAUUAUUGGUUUCAAUUCACCAGAAUGGCAUAUUGCAUAUUUAGGUGCAAUUCAUUGUAAUGCUUUACCAACUGGUGUCUAUACAACUUCAUCACCAAGUCAAUGUGAAUAUUUUGCAACUCAUUCCGAUGCUCAAAUUGUAUUUUGUGAAGAUGUCACCCAAUUAAAUAAAUAUAUUAGUAUUAGAGAUAAAUUACCAAACAUUAAAGCUUGUAUUAUUAUGGAUCCAGUACCAGGUCAAGUUGAUGAAUCAUCUGGUAAAGAAUCUGAAACCACCACUGCUGAUGCUGGUUCAUCAAAAGCAGCAACAACAACAGUUACACCUGCAACAAUGGCACAUAGAUAUCAAGGAUUUGUUUAUACUUGGGAACAAUUUAUGGAAUUAGGUAAAAAUAUUGAAAAUAGUGAAUUAGAAAAACAUUCAAAAUUAAUUAAACCAAAUGAUUUAGCAACUCUUAUCUAUACAAGUGGUACAACAAGUUUACCAAAAGGUGUUAUGUUAACUCAUUCCAAUGUACUCUGGACAGUUCAUACAAUUGGUUAUGAUGUUGUAAACAUUGAUGCACCUCAUACUGAAAGAAUCAUUAGUUAUUUACCAUUAUCACAUAUUGCUGAACAAAUCGUUUCUUUAUAUGCUCCAAUAGUUUUUGGUUUUCCAGUUAGUUUUGCUGAAAAAACUGCUUUAAGUGGUACAUUAUUAGAUACUUUACAAGAAGUUAGACCAACAAUUUUCUUUGGUGUACCAAGAGUUUGGGAAAAAAUUCAAGUUAAAAUUCAAUCACUUUUAGCUCAAAAAGGUGGUAUUGGUAAAAAGAUUGUAUCUUGGGCACAAAAGAAAGGUGUUGAAGGUGGUUAUAAGAUUCAAAAAGGUGAAAAGAGACCAAUGGGAUAUGGUAUUGCAAAUGCAUUAGUUUUUAAGAAAGUUAUUAAGAAUUUAGGUUUAGAACAAUGUAAAUUAUUAGCAUCAGCAGCUGCACCAAUUUCAAUUGAUACUUUAGAGUUUUUCUUGGGUUUAGGUAUUACAGUUUGUGAAGCCUAUGGUAUGAGUGAACUUAGUGGUCCACAAAGUGUUGGUUAUCCACUCAAUCGUACAGGUUCAGUUGGUAAAACAAUGCAAGGUAGUGAAGUGAUUGUCGAUAGUGAUGGUGAAAUCUUGGUUAGAGGUCCAAACUGUUUUGUUGGUUAUUAUAAGAAUGAUGAGGCCUCAAAGGAAACCAUUGAUAAAGAUGGUUGGGUUCAUACUGGUGAUGUCGGUCAUAUCGAUAAGGAUGGUUUCAUUUUCAUCACCGAUAGAAAGAAAGAGUUAAUCAUUACAGCAGGUGGUGAAAAUAUUUCACCAACCUUGAUUGAAGGUUUCAUUCGUCAAAUCAUUGGUGUUGAACAAGCCGUAGUAAUUGGUGAUCGUCAAAAAUAUUUAGUUGCUUUGGUCACUGUCAAUGCUGAUUUAUUCAAGUUAUUACCAGGUCAAGGUUACACUCAUCCAUUACCAAAAUCAAUGGAAGAAGCUUCAACAGAUAAACAUUUCAUUGCCUAUAUUGAUUCUCAAAUGAAAGAUAUUAAUUCAAAACUUCCAAAUGUUUCAACAAUUAAAAAAGUUAAAAUUUUACCAGUUGAAUUCCAAGAAACUGGUGAAACUUCUGAAUUAACUCCAACUAAAAAAUUAAAAAGAAGAAAUGUUAGUAUUAAAUAUCAAAAUGAAAUUAAAGAACUUUAUGGUGCUGAUUUUGUUGAUGGUGGUUUUAAACCAACUUCAACCACUACUACUACUAAUAAUAAUGAAAAAAAAGAUGAAUCAUCUUCAUCUACUGUUAUUCCAGUUAAUAAAGAAGUAAUUGCACCAGUUAUUAUAAAUGAAGAAAAAGCAGUUGAACCAAUUGUUGAAGAGAAACCAAUUGUUAUUGAAGAAAAAGUAGUUGAACCAAUUGUUGAGGAGAAAAUAAUUGUUGAAGAAAAAACAAUUAUUGAAGAAAAAGUAGUUGAAAAAGAAGAACAAAAAGAAGAACAAAAAGAAGAACAAAAAGAAGAACAAAAAGAAGAACAAAAAAAAGUAGUUGAAGAAGAGGUUCAACCAAUUACUACAACAACUGAAACAUCAGAUACAACUAUCACUACAACUUUAGUACCAGUUGUUAUGACUGAAAAUGUUGUUGUUGAAGAGAAAAAACCAGAAGAACAAGAAGAUCAAAAAGAAUCAACAACCACAACUACAACAAUAACUCAAGUUGAACCAGUCCAAGUUAAUACAAUUGUUACAACUGCAACUGAAGGUGAGGAUGAUAAAACCACAGUUAUUGCAACUGAAGAACAACAACCACCACAAUCAUCAGAACCUCCAAAAUUAAAGGAUGAUGCUCAAGAUAAUAAAGAAAAUGAUACUUCUUCAAGUGUAUCAUCAUCAACUACAACUUCUUCAGCCAACGAAGACGAUUCUUCAUCAACAAGUAGCGACUCAACUUCUUCAUUAAGUAAUAGUAAAGAUGAAAAUAAUAAAGAUGAAAAAACAGAAAAUUAA